CUGUCAAAAUAUUGUCAAGUGCCAAGACAUUUAUCAAUAUUGUUUUGAUUUUUUAUUUUCAAAUUUGUUUAGAACUGUGGUUUAGAAACAGUAUUAAGUUUGUAAGGAAAACAUUGUGAAAUAUACAUUAUAACUAAAUGUUAUUCUAUUUUAUAGUGGAACAAUGGCAACUAUGAUCAAGGAAAAACGAAAAGAUAAAAAGAAAACUAGGCAGAAACAGAACAUAAAUAUACCAGUGCCCAAGGAAUUGGAUGAUAAAAUUCAAGAGAGAAUAAAAGAGGAACAUGAAACAUCGGAAAAAGAUGAAUCCGAACUCUCUGAUAGAAUAGCUACAAUAAAUUUAAAACCUGAGAAUAAAUUUCUUACACAAAACGAAAAUACAAUAAAUAUUCAUGAUGAAUAUGAACAAAGUAAUCCGUCAAGCACUCAGCAAACAGUCACAAUUAGUGAUGUCAAAAUUGAUACUGAGGAAUUUAUAUGUCAAUCAAGUGAAAUCACACAAAAUGAAAAUGAUAUUCCGUCAGCUCCUGCCUUUGAAGAAGAAGAAAUAAAAAAUCCUCCAGCAUAUAAUACGCAAUGUAUAUACUCCGAAGAAAUUGAACAUAAAAUAAAAUGCAUGCCUCUGGAAGAAGCUGUAAAACUUUUUGGAGGUGCUGAGAUAUCUGAAGUGAGAGCUAUAUCGGAGAAAGAAGAGGUCAUUGUUGAAGGAGGUCCUGUUAGUGGACCUGAACAUCCACUUGUUGAUUUACUGUCAUCUUUUAGAUCAUCUCUAAAUGCUAUGGACCAUGAAGGGACUACAAUCAGCCAGGGAUUUAUCCAGGAAGAAAAAUCUAGAUCACUAUUAUGGAAGAUUGAAAAGGAGAGAGCAUAUGCAUCGGAAUAUUGUCCUUCAUGUGCCAAAAGUUUAAGUGUACAAGUCACUUUUGAAACUGCUACAUUACAAACGGAGAAAAUACCGGCUGCUCGAUUAAGAUUAGAGGCGUUGGCUCGAGACGUCCAAGAAUCAUAUUGUCAUCAUCAGCACACAGCUUUAAUGACGUACUAUCAGAUAGAAGAUUUGGUGUAUAUGACAAUACAGAGUGGUAUGGGUGAAAUACGUGAAGCUCUCUCCUUAUUACUGCAAGCUAUGCGACUCAGUGAUGGUGCCUCGGAAGUAUACUCAGCAUCACUACAACGUUGGGUAGUCGCUCUAGCUGCCAAGCUACUCUAUACAAGAGAUCUGAGGCAUCUGAUAUUUCUUAUACACCAUUUAUUCAGACAAAAUCGUUCAGUGCGUUGGGCGUCGCGUGUGUUGCGUGUGCAAGUGACAGACGUGUGUAGCGCGGCGCGGGCCAUCGCACUGCUCGAGCUGAUACUGGCCAGACCAGGACUGGAGACUGCGGUCGAGUGCACCGAAGAGCUGGUGGAGGGUUGGGAAGAGGUGGGUAGGAGCGGGGAGGGGAGUGCGGUAGGAGAGGGGCUGCUGCGCGAGCGCGACGCCCUGGCCCUGCUGCGCGCGCUGCCGCUGCGACAACUGUUGGCCAAGAUGGCGCUCUUCAACAGAUCGGACAUAGAGAGUACUGAGGAACAUGAAUGGGGCGAUGGUUCCGGCGGGCACGGCGUGCUGAAAGCGGCGUGCGGCGCGCGCGCUUUGCUGGCCGUGCUGCAACGCGCAGUGCACGCGCACGCGCAUUACGCACGCUUGCAGCGCGAGUUAACGGAGUUGUGCGCGUGCGCAUUGCAACUUGUGGCCGCGCUACAUCAACGAUCCAGGCAUUUGUACCACCCCGAGGUUGCGGAGAGGGUACAGGUAGAGCUGGAGGCGGUGUUCGUAGCUGGUCUGCUGCUGCAUCAGGGCAAGGACUUGACUCAGCUACCGGCCACGCUGCUCAGCGAGGCCACCGCGAGAGAUUACUGCUUCGGUCUCAUCGCAACAUUACAUGAUAAAGGACCGCAUCGUAUCGCGUCGCUCGACGUAGAUGUGGGCGUGGUGCGUUGUGACGUGCGCGUACUCGUAGUACUACAAGCGGCACUUGAUCGUGCGGACGACCAUGAACUAGCUCGGACACUACUGCAGUUUCUUUGCCAGACAGCAGUAAAACGCAAGCCCCAGUGGUGCCGGCAGCCAUGUGAGGUGACCGCACGCGAAUCUCUGCCUCGACUACUAGCGGUACAUCCCUAUCUUCACGCCAUCAGUCUACAUGUACUGGCAGAUUUGAAUCAGGGUGAACCUGUAGAUCCAACAGCAGUCAGCUACUUGUCUGUACAAGAAUGGCGUCCGAACUACGCCGAAGUGCUGGGUGUGCUGGAGGACUGGUCAUUGAAGUGUCCGCACCUCAUUGAACAUCUACUGCUUCAGAUGGAGUAUACACCUCAUCAAGGUGUAUCACUGGAAACUCAGCUGGCAAUGGGGGCGUGGCUAUGCGAGUAUGUACGCAGAGUGGGCGGUGAGGUGCGAGAGUGGGCGUGGUCAGUACUGGAGAGGUUGCACGUGCACCGCGCGCAGUGGGCGGUGCCACUCGAAACUCCGCCCCCUAAAACCGAACCUCAAGAUAUGUUCUCCACUGCAUUUGCAUUGUUAGCCACCAGUUGGGGUCAUUCUGUACCUUUGAUAUGUUCUGUUGGUGUGCGUGCACUAGUGGGUGUGGCCCGGGUACGUCCGGGCGUGGCUGCACGUUGUCUGGUCGCCAUGAUGCGCGCUGUACAGCACACACCGGAGUCAGUUGCACUUACCCCAGAAUUCACGGAGGUAUUUAAUGUACUGCUCGGCUCCGGUCCGUCUCUGAUGGCCCGCGCACUCGGCCGCGCUGGACCCGCCAGUACUGAACUGUUAGAAAAGGCCCUACUCAAUGAAUUACUUAGUUCACAGUCACAGAAUCCUGGUAUAUUGAAUCCCUGGUUACGUGGUCUGUGGGCGCCCACACUGCCCAGUUCCGCACGAGCCUUACUCGAUACUGCUGUGCGGACAGUGGAGGACGUGCCCGCGAUAGAUACUGUUGUCUCUCUCAUGCUACAGGGUGAAAAUAGCAAAGAGUUCUUAGACGACGCAGUGCGUAACUGUUCAGUGGCUCCUUUGCUAUGUGAGGCGGCGCUGCGAGGUGCGCACGCGCAGUACGAGCUGUCCGCACACAUGUGGCCCCGCCUUACGGACGCGAUCGCACAACAACGUGCGCACGGACAUAAAGUGCACGUUGAUAAUGCGAUCAAGCAAAUAGGUUGUACAAUAAGUUCCGAGGAGCUAGUUGUGUACCGCACAGCGAGCGCGGUGCUCUCCGCGCCGCUGCGUCAUCCCGCACACCUCACACUGUGGCGGCUCUUCUUCCAUCUCUAUCUGCAGAGACCGCCUUCCAGCCCACAACUUACAUCAAUACCAGUUGGUCCAUUGUUCUUCAGUGGAAUAAUAAAGUCUCGGGUUCUAUCGCAACUAAAGAAACGUCUUCAAGAAGCCAUAGAUUAUCAUAAAAUACAGAGCGAACAGUUAAAAAUUGAAGUCUAUCCACAAACAGAACAAAUUCCUACAACCAGUGAUUCUAGAAAAACAAAUAUUACAAAAACAUAUGAUAGGAAAUUAUGUGCACCAAUAACAAUUAAUGAUUUAAUAGAAGAAGAAUGUAGUAAUGAUUCGGAGAGUGAGUCAUCGGAAGAAGAGAUAACAGAAGAGAGAGUAAGUGAAUCUUCUGCUACGAGAGAAAAGUUCCAUCUCUACUGUUAUCAUUCGGGUGCAAUAAAGAUGUUGUCUGAGUACAAUAACUGGUUGUCGGAUGGAGACAAGAGUCGAGCGGCGCCGCACCACGCUGACAUAGCUCGCUUUAUACAACAUGAGGGUCUAAGUGCAGCGCGGCGGAACUCUUUGCCGAGGUGGUUUGUAUCGGCCACGCCCCCGCGGCCACACGCCCCGCCCACACAACCCACACCCCUACAGCGAGCUAUUGAUGCUUUGUUACAAAUAAAGGAAGCCAGAUCAUUAUCACCUUUACCAGACAUCCAGCCUUUAUUAGACGAACAUAAUAAUUUGUCAGACGCCCGCGUUAUCUACAACCUUGUGGACAGACAUUUGAGAACUAUGGAAUCUGACGCUCAAAGUUGGAGCCGCGAGGUGUCGCAAAUAUCGCAAUUAGACAGCAAGUUGCUGGAGUUGUUGCGUGCGCUGCGCGUGCGCCGCCCCCUGCCUACAUACACCAAGUGGUGUGGCAAUGACACAUGCAAACCUAUAAAGAUUGCUAUACAGAGAUACGAGUGGGUGAUAUCAACGGGUGCGGAAGAAGGAAUCGAACAAAACAGACGCUGUGCUUUAGCAGCUUUGCGAGCUAUGUCUCGCCCCAGACCUUCUACAGCCCGUGUCGCUGCAACAUUGCAGUCUUUGGUCAGAGUUGUGCGUAGUCGAGAGACUGCUGUGCGUGUAGCGGAGCGCGCAGGGAACAGCGCAGCCGCAGUACACAGCUUCCCACCUGCCGUAGACGCUAUUACCUCCCUUGUCACACAUCUUGCCGAGAGGUGGGUGUGUGGUGACGCGGGGGCGUGCGGACGUCUGCUGCGUGCGUGGGCGGGGGGCGGGGCUCACGCGCUUUGCUCCGCCCUCGUGCAGCCGCGACGACUGGACCACACCUCAUUCCUUGAACUGUACCACACUGUGCUGACUACCUCACUUCCACCACCAGCUGCUUUUAGCUAUCUAUCCAGGUUUGAGAUGGCAACGUGGGCUGAGAGAGUAGAUCCAGUGCAGAGGGAGAAGAUGUUGGACAUUCUGGUUCAGGCUGCGCAGAGUUGGGGGCCCGCACCGGAGCCCGAACACCAUGUCCUCCUUGAGUUAAUCGGAGUGCAUAUAGGUUUAGUGUGCGGUGUAGGCGAGGUGUGUGCGCUAGUGGUGGGGGGUUUGAGGGCGUGCGCGCGCGGCUCACUACCCCCCACUUUGUGCGCACACCUGACGCACGCCGCUGCGCACGCGCACGCAUUUACGUACAACCAGUUAGGUAAUCUCCUAAGAGAGGUUGGCGCCAUCUGGUGGGAGACACGCACUUCACUUACAGAAGAAACUAAUUUGUAUGUGCCGUAUGCAUCGCACCUCGCAGAUAUACUGCAAGUGUUACAGCAGGCUUUCACUGCCGCUACUAAAGCGCUGGGACAUGAUACUGAAAGAGUGUCGUGGUUCUCGUGGUCUGUGUUGCGGGAGGCGUGGUCUCCGUGGGUACAACCUGGGACUCCGCCCCCUCUAUUACCUGUCACACACACGGAAGACUCAAACGCGCACGCUGAUAUGCUGCAAAGAUUCAGAGAAACUUUACAACUUCUCAUAGACGACUGUCCAGGUAGCGAGGAGUACGUACUACGUCACGUGUGGGAGUGGGCGGUGCAUACGUACAUUGCGGGUGCGCGUGCGCCGCAGUCCUGUCGUGUGUCUCUAUCUGCGCUGCUCUCCGCACUGGAGUCUCUACCCUGGCACACUGCGCAAUGGAUGCAUGCUAGUUGUAUGCCAUUAGCACUGCAGAUAAGUCGGUGUAGCGACAGGGAGAUAGUGUCGUGGUGCGGUGCGCGGUGGCGGUGCGCGUGCGCAGCGAGCUGGGUGCGCGGUGUACAGGACGCACACCUCGCGCCGCACCUCGCCGCGCUGAUCUCUAUAUUCUGCUCCCCGCAACUACAACUUGACACACAGGUGUUGGAAGAAGCGGCGCUGUUGCCAUGGCAGCGGCUGCCAGAAGCGGCGCUGGAUGCAGCCUUUGAGCAAUUCUUUGUCGACUUCCACAAUCCUGCCUUCCCAUACCACGAGACAAUGCAAUUUAGGUUACUAUUAUGCGCUAGUCAACUAAUAAUAGUGGGGGAAACACCGGAGUGCGGUGUAGGUGCGCGUGCGCGGCGUGCCCGUAGCGUGUCGCAGUGCGUGCGCGCCGCGGCCACGCCCACUCUCACACAGCAUGCGCGUGCCCACGCAGAGACCAUGCUGAGAGUACUCACCGACCUAGCGCCGCACAUAGAGGACUCUAAGGGUGAGAUAGAGGAGCUGCUGAGUCGUGCCCUCGUCAUCAUGUGCCUGGAGCCCGCCGCCGGCGCAGCUCUGCCUGUGUGGCAACAAUGGGUGCAGAGUUGUGGUGUGAAGUUGCGGCUGUCGGCGGCGAGCGCGGCUGCUUCACUCACAGCACUUGAAUACUUUGUACCACUCGCUGACACCAUCGCUACCACUCAUAUGACUCUAUCAGGUAGUGAGGGUGGUGGUUGGUGCGCAUUGCGUACGCGGUUGUGCGCGUGCGCAUGGGGUGGGGGCGCGGCGGGUGCUGCGGGGGUGCGGCGCGGCUGGCACGCGGCGUACGCGCUGCUACCCCCAGACACACCCCCAUCACUUGAAGUACUACGCGCACUAACCUCCUUCAAUAUUACACCAAAUGACGAUGAGCCCAUAAUGGCGGUGUGGGUUUGCGUGUUGUGCCGCACGGCGCUGCAGUCGCGGCGUGUGACAGCUGUCAGUGCGGACAUGUCAGAGUGUGUGGAGGUGUCGCGCGGAGUGCUCGUGCGCUGGGCCGCGGAGCCGCGCCGCUCUCUGCUCCAGCUUGUUGCUAUGCAUCACGACACUCAUACUGUUAGAAUCCGUCUUCUAUGUCGUCUUGCUUUAUGCAUCCUCGAUCCAUCAUCAGAGGAGUUUGCGAAGGCGUACGAGGCGAGCUGCAGCGCUCUACCUCCAGGACAGGUAGAGGCAGUCUCGUGGGGCAGAGCACCCGGGGCGAAGUACCUCCCACGUCUCGCCGCGAUACUGUACCCGGGCAGAGAUGUAUACUUCGACGAAGAAGCGAAAUUAUUGCAACAAAUCACUUGAUUUUAUUAUUUGUAAAUAAAUC